UAUAAAUAUUAUUGGCUAGGCCAGUUUAAAAUGCUUGCUGCUAAAAUCAGUUGUUUUUUGCACACGCUACAGAACAGAAUUGAAAAAUACCUAACGCCGGUAAAAGAAAAAAUUGUGAAGACAAAAUAAAAAAAACCAUAACAAAUGAAAUCUCUAACAUUGACGUUUAUUGUGACCUUGGCCAUCGUAUACAGCCUGCUCCACAGCAGCAGUGGUGCGGUGACCACGAAUGAAAAUGGUGAGAGUCAAUUUCAUUUUGGUUUCAAAACCAACAACGGCUAUCAGCGUGUAGAGGACAUUAAAUUCAACAAAACCUCAAAUGCUGUGGCCGAUACCAAAGAGGAAAAAACCGAAGAUCCGGUAGAAUUUCGCGGUGGUUACAGCUUCAUAUCGGCCGAUGGCUAUGAGUACACCGUCAAAUACAAGGCCAACAAGAAUGGCUUCCAACCCUAUGUAACUGCCCACAAAAUAAAGGAAACUUCUUAGAAAUCCGUAAUCGUA